AAAUCUCAUCUCAUCUCUCUCUCUCUCCCUCUCUCUAUCUCUCUAUCUCUCUGAGAAUCCGCCUUUGAUUUUUUCUCCUGCUUGGUACAAAAAAAAAUUUGUAUUUUUAGGUCAGUUACUGUUUUGUUCAGUCAUUGCAAGCUGUGUCAUUCAAAGUUGAAAACUUUGAAUGACAUCUGUGAACCCUUUCUUUUUCCAACUGUUUCAACUUUUUGUUUCCACUAGAAGCAGCAAUCACGAUUUUGAGUUUUUUUUUUUCGCUAUAAUUUAGUUGGCGAGAAAAGGUACAUCAUCAUAGGGAACUAACACAAGAUUUGUGGGUUCUCUUCGCUUUUGAGUUCUGGUGUUGAGCAUCAAUGGUGGAAAUGGAAGAUGAUGUCGCAAAUGGCGAAGAAAAGGGGCAGAGAGCGACUUCGUCGAAUCCGGGUCUGCAAGUGUCAGUUUCAUUUGGUAGGUUUGAGAACGAUUCACUUUCAUGGGAGAAGUUCUCGGCUUUCUCUCCGAACAAGUACUUGGAAGAAGUGGAGAAGUGUAAAACUCCUGGAUCAGUAGCUCAGAAGAAGGCUUAUUUCGAAGCACAUUACAAGAAGAUUGCCGAGAGAAAAGCCGAGCUCAUGGAUCAGGAGAAACAAAUGGAAAAGAAGGCGCCUUUUAGGUUGAGUGGUCAUAACCAGGGAGAUGUGGGUGGUGAGCCUGGUGGUUCCAUGGCUGAGUGUGACGUCAAUGAUGGGUCUUAUGGCCAAUGCACUGAUGAAGAAGAUAAGCAUGUGAUUGACAUUGCUGCUGAAUUGGACAAAUCUUGUGUCGAUGAGCCUAAUGAAGAACCUGUGAUUGUUAAGGAGUGUCAAACCUCGAUUGAUGGGAUGCCAGAAGAAUGUGGGGAUGUUCUUGUUCUGGAUAGCCCCAAGUUGGAGAAACUUGAAGAGGUUGUCCGAAUGGAGGAGAAACCAGAAGAAGCUGUCUUAGUGGUGGAGGAGGAAGAGGAGAAAGAAGUGAAAGAAGAAAUCUCGGCGAAGGAUUUUGUCGGUACGCAUGAAAUGCCAAUGGAGGAGACGAAAAAGGAGAAAGAUGGUAAUCUGACAAAGGCAAAGUAUGGAAGUGCGAGGAUGAAUCGUGCUAGAGGCUCUCCCAAGGCUAAUCCUGUGAAUAACAAACCGAUGGCAAGCAAGCCUGUAAUGAAUAGGAAAACUCCGCCAAGCAAGGACAGAAGCAUGGCAAUGGCAGCAAAGAAACCAGAAUCACCUGUUCCAAAAGCUCGGGUGUAUUCAACUCCAAAAGUGUCCAAGACAGCUUCAAAACUCACUUCAAUGUCCUCAUCCCGACCUUCGGUAAAAAAGGAAAAUGUCCCAACUUCACAGAGAAACAAGCAAACGGCUCCAAAGUCAUUGCACAUGUCUCUCAGUCUGGGUCCUUCGGGAUCGGAUCCUACUGCUCUUGCAACAACCAGAAAAUCUUUGAUCAUGGAGCGAAUGGGAGAUAAGGACAUUGUGAAGCGUGCGUUUAAGACGUUUCAAAAGAGUUUCGACCAAUUAAACUCUUCCACUGAUGGAAAAAAGACAGCUCCAAAACAGGUUCCUGCAAAGACAAGUAGUGUUUCAGCAUUAACUACUCCUCGGAAAGAGAAGGACCGGCCUGUAAAAGUAGGGAGCAAAGAGAAGAAAAAUGUGGGUGCCCAGUCUUUUGGACUCAAAAGCACCGAGACAGCUGAGAAACAAAAGGAGCUCUCGAAGAGCUCGAGAGAGAAGUCUGGUGCAAGAACUGUGGAGAGAACACGCCUUCUGGCGAAACCAAAGGCAGGAUCGACAGAUGUGAAAACCCAGAGGCACAGCCUUGAUCCGAAUUCCAAAACCAUUCAAGGCUCUCUCCCUGUACCGACCUUAUCGAAAGGAUCUUCUGACAAGGAUGGUUCCACCAAAUGAGGCUCAUUAUCAAGGCAAGAUCUUCACUAUCGGGGGAAGCGGAAAAGGAAUUACUUUUUCAACGGAAACAGGAACAAAGACCAGCAGCCAAACGCCCAUCCAUCAUUCCUGAGAACACAGAGCCAUUAGCUCUGUUUUUUAUGGAGAAGCUCACAGUUGUGUAGUAGUAAUGCCAAUAAUCCUGAGGAAGGUGGUUAUAUCUGUUGUUAUGUUAUGUGUAUAGAGAGAGAGAGAGAGAGAGAGAGAGAGAGAGAGAGAUUCUUCCAUCAAUCCAUAGUUACAUUCGCUAUCAUGAAAACACGAUGUGUGUUUCAAUCCCUGUCAUAUGAUAGAUCAUGUUCUUUCCAACAUGUUGGAUUGUUUA